AUGGCAACUUCCGGUGCGAGAAUAAUGAAUAAUAUCACCUUCUUUGAGGAGAGGAACUUUGGAGGCCGCUCCUAUGAGUGCAUGGGAGACUGCUCCGACCUCCACUCCCUCUUCCAGCGCUGCCACUCUUUCAGGGUGCACAGUGGCUGCUGGAUGAUGUAUGACCGCAACAACUAUAUGGGCAACCAGUACUUCAUGAGGAGGGGCGAGUACCCCGACUACAUGGGCAUGUGGGGCUGGAAUGACUGCAUCAGAUCCUGCCGCUUCAUCCCCAUGUAUAGAGGAAACUACAGAAUGAGGAUCUAUGAGAGGGAGAACUUCGGAGGUCAGAUGCACGAGUGUAUGGAUGACUGUGACUCUAUCAUGGAUCGCUACCGUAUGAACCACUGCAUGUCUUGCCACGUGAUGGAUGGCCACUGGCUCAUGUAUGAGCAGCCCCAGUACAGAGGGAGACAGUACUACUUCCCCCCUGGAGAGUACAGAAACUGGAGCAACAUGGGACACAACAACAUGAGAUUCAUGAGCAUGAGGCGUAUCAUGGAUUCCUGGUACUAA